GUCCGGCGGGGGCGCCGGUGCCGGGAGCGCAGCGAUGGCGGCGGCGGAGCUGGAGCGGCUGCGGAUGGCGGGGGCCGGCAUGGCCAUCGCCGUGCUCACCAGCGGCGGGGACGCGCAAGGGAUGAACGCUGCCGUCCGUGCCGUCACCCGCAUGGGCAUAUACGUGGGAGCCAAGGUCUUCCUCAUCUAUGAGGGCUACGAGGGGCUGGUGGAGGGAGGAGACAACAUCAAGCAAGCCAACUGGCUGAGCGUCUCCAACAUCAUCCAGCUGGGUGGGACAGUGAUUGGCAGUGCUCGCUGCAAAGCCUUCACCACCCGGGCGGGCCGGCUGCGGGCCGCCCGUAACCUGGUGGAACACGGCAUCACCAACCUCUGCGUCAUCGGUGGGGAUGGCAGCCUGACGGGGGCAGACAUCUUCCGCUCUGAGUGGGGCGGCCUGCUGGAGGAGCUGGUCCGAGAGGGGCAGAUCAGUGAGGAGGUGGCACGGGAGAACUGCCACCUGAACAUCGUGGGGCUGGUGGGCUCCAUCGACAAUGACUUCUGCGGCACCGACAUGACCAUCGGCACUGACUCGGCACUGCACCGCAUCAUGGAGGUGAUUGAUGCCAUCACCACCACGGCACAGAGCCACCAGCGGACGUUCGUGCUGGAGGUGAUGGGCCGCCACUGCGGGUACCUGGCCCUGGUGUCUGGUUUGGCCUCCGGUGCCGACUGGCUCUUCAUCCCUGAAUCCCCACCAGAGGACGGCUGGGAGGACCUCAUGUGUGAGAGGCUUGGGGAGACGCGCAGCAGAGGGUCACGGCUCAACAUCAUCAUCAUUGCUGAGGGCGCUAUCGACCGCAGUGGCAAACCCAUCUCCUCCAACUACGUGAAGGACCUGGUGGUGAAGCGCUUGGGAUUCGACACUCGUGUCACUGUCCUUGGGCACGUGCAGCGCGGGGGGACCCCCUCAGCCUUUGACCGCGUGCUGAGCAGCAAGAUGGGGAUGGAGGCUGUGAUGGCGCUGCUGGAGGCCACGCCAGACACCCCUGCCUGCGUGGUGAGCCUCUCGGGGAACCAGUCCGUGCGGCUGCCGCUCAUGGAGUGUGUGCAGGUGACAAAGGAUGUGCAGAAGGCCAUGGAUGAGAAGAGGUUUGACGAGGCCAUCCAGCUCCGUGGGAGGAGCUUUGAGAACAACUGGAACAUCUACAAGCUGCUGGCACACCAGAAACCAGCGCAGGAGAAGAGCCCCUUCAGCCUGGCCAUUCUGAACGUGGGUGCCCCUGCUGCUGGCAUGAACGCUGCUGUCAGGUCGGCCGUGCGGAUCGGCAUCUGCCAAGGGCACAGGGUCUAUGUGGUGAACGAUGGCUUCGAGGGCUUGGCCAAGGGGCAGGUCCGUGAGGUGGGCUGGCAUGAUGUUGCGGGCUGGCUGGGACGUGGAGGGUCCAUGCUGGGCACCAAGCGGACACUGCCCAAGACCUGUAUGGAAAAGAUUGUGGAGAACGUGCGGAAAUUCAGCAUCCAGGGGCUGCUGGUCAUUGGUGGCUUCGAGGCCUACGAGGGGGUGCUGCAGCUGGUGGAAGCCCGUGGGCAGUAUGAGGAGCUCUGCAUCAUCAUGUGUGUCAUCCCUGCCACCAUCAGCAACAACGUGCCUGGCACCGACUUCAGUCUGGGCUCGGACACGGCUGUCAAUGCAGCCAUGGAGAGUUGUGACCGCAUCAAGCAGUCAGCCUCGGGCACCAAGCGCCGUGUCUUCAUUGUGGAGACCAUGGGUGGCUAUUGUGGGUACCUGUCCACUGUCACUGGCAUCGCAGUGGGCGCUGAUGCUGCCUAUGUCUAUGAAGAUCCCUUCACCAUCCAUGACCUGAAGGCCAACGUGGAGCACUUGACUGACAAAAUGAAGACAGAUAUUCAGAGAGGGCUGGUGCUGCGCAAUGAGAAAUGCCACGAGCACUACACCACCGAGUUCCUCUACAACCUCUACUCCUCUGAGGGCAAAGGCAUCUUUGACUGCAGGAUUAAUGUCCUGGGCCACCUCCAGCAGGGGGGAGCCCCCACCCCCUUUGACCGCAACUAUGGGACCAAGCUAGGAGUGAAGGCGGUGCUGUGGAUGUCAGAGAAGCUGCAGGAGGCCUACCGCAAGGGGCGUGUGUUUGCCAACUCGGGUGAUUCUGCCUGUGUGAUCGGGCUCAGGAAGAAGGUGGUGGCCUUCAGCCCCGUCACGGAGCUUAAGAAAGUCACUGAUUUUGAGCACAGGCUGCCCCAGGAGCAGUGGUGGCUGAACCUGCGCCUGAUGCUGAAGAUGUUGGCCAACUACCAGAUCAGCCUGACCGAGUACAUCUCAGGCAAGAUGGAGCACGUCACCCGCCGCACACUCAGCAUCGAGAAGGGCUUCUAGUCCCACCAGCCUGAGCCAUAGCCUCCCCUCUCUAACUCCAAACUCCACCCCCACAUGCUGCUCGGGGAGCACCGGGUGCCUCCUGUUCUCAGUAGCCGUGUAGCUUUGCCAUCCAUCCCUUAAAGCGGGCAGAACCUGGUCCCAGCUCCCAGACGGCACAAGUCAGCUCCAAAUCGCCGGUCCAGGGUCUGGUGCAGAUGCAGAAGAGGUGUUGCUAGAGGCCAGCUGCUCAGCCCAGAGCUCUGGAUCUUUGCUCCCUAGCCUGUUCCUGUUAUUUAAUGGGCCAACUCCAUUCCUUACUUAGCGGCUUGACCGCCUGAGCCAACUGCAGCAGCUUUUAGUCGCCUGCCCCACGCGCAGAAAGGGAGCCAAGCAGGACGUGGUGCUAGUCCAGAGCAGGUAAUGGCUGGUCCCAGGGGUUCUUGGCUGCCCUGUGAGCUCCGUUAAAGCUCAGUCCUCUGGUGGUGUUUGCCCAGUAGGGUGUCUGGAGGGCUCGGGGUGCAGAGCACGGGUCCUGGCAAGCCCCCUCUUCCCCAGCCACAUCGCAUGACGCUUGGCUGCCACCGUCACCGUGCGGCCUCGGGUGCCGUGCACGUCAGCUCACCACUGCUCUGUGACCCCCUCCCCCAGUCUUGUACUGUUUGCAGCACUGCUCUCCUCCUCUAGAGAUAAAACUCACUGGAGCCAAA